CACUCCCAUCUGGAAUCAGGGGUUAAAAUAGCUUUCGCUUUUCAGUUUGUCCAGACAUCACUAAUAAACUGUGAUGAUGAUUUUCUGCCUGUGUCGACAGGAAGGAGGCAGUCUCGUGCGAAGGAUGACAAGAUGGCUGUGAUGAGGAAAAGGUUCUCUGUUUGCUCCCCUUCAUUACCUGAAGACAGCAGUGGGAGUCUCUAUGACAGUGCUCCUGUUUCUGCCUCUGAUCCAGACGGUGAACAAGACCACCCUUAUGCAUCUCUGCUCUGUUGUCAUCGUGUCCAGGACUCUUUGCUGAGCUCCAACAGCAGCUUCACUAAAUACAGAGGCAUCCUCAACUGGAUCAUUAUUCUGCUGGUACUGACUCACGCUCAUUUGUUUUUGGAGAAUUUCAUACAACAUGGCUUUUUAAUAGAUGUGAAGAAGGUUUUGGAGCAUCUCAUUGAAGACAACUGCAACUGGCCGUCAGUGAACCUCAUUCUGGCUGCCAACGUGUUUGCUGUUACAGCCUUGAUCCUCGAGAGGUCUCAGGAAAAGGGUCUGCUGCUCCUCACCAGCGCUCAUCUUUUACAUCUCACCAAUCUGGUGUUGCUCCUGUUGUUCCCUGCUGCAGUCAUUAUACACGAGCCUACAAUUUCAACAGGUGGAGCCUUCUUCUCUCUCUGGGUCUACGCUGCUCUUGGAAUGAAGCUUUACUCAUACCAGGAAACAAAUCGUUGGUAUCGACAGGCUCAUUUAACUGAUGCAGAGACAGACGGGAAUGUUUCUGCACCACAAGUAGGAGCCCUCAAUGAGCAUCUUACUUUUAAAGAUCUGUAUUAUUUCAUCCUUGCACCCACUCUGUGCUACCAGAAGGACUUCCCACAUGCUCCUAGAGUUCGCAUCAAUAAGCUGCUGCACAGGCUGCUGGAGAUGGUGAUUGUCAUCCAGAUCAUGGUUGGAAUUGUGCAGCAGUGGAUUGAGCCCAUCUUCCAGAGAUCAGAAAACUCCUUCUCUAGUAUGGACAUCACAAUGAAAGUGGAGCAUCUGGUGGGGCUGGCGGCACCAACCCACUUCCUCUGGCUCCUCUUCUUCUUCUUGAGUCACUCCUACCUGAACUUCUGUGCAGAACUGCUGCGCUUUGGCGAUCGUCAUUUUUAUGGAGACUGGUGGAAUGCCACAACUCUGACCUCUUACUGGGAUAAUUGGAAUAUCCCUUUUCAGAAAUGGUGUCACAGACAUGUUUACACACGGCUGCUGGAAAAUAAUGCAUCCCCUUCACAAGCGGAGUUAUUGGUCUUCACGAUGUCUGCUGCACUUUUUGAGUGUAUGAUUGCUCUACCCCUGCAUAGCUGUCGUCUGUGGAUCUUUCUCAUGAUGGUAUUUGAGCUUCUGGUUGCAGUAUUCCUCGGAAACUAUUUCGAAGGAAACUAUGGCAACGGCUUAGUGUGGUUGUGCCUGCUGCUGGGCCCUCCACUGGCAGUGACCACCUACUUUCACGACCACUACAUCAGCUCCCCUCAAAACCAGACAUCAUCCUCACCACAGACAUUAGACCAACAUAUUCGCACCAAGGUUUUCCUGCAGCCUCACUGAUCAGACGGAAAUGUUAGAAAGAACAUUUCUUGUGAUGUGAUGUAUAUGUGGCUCUGAUCCAAAGCUUGGUAAAGGCUGCUAAUGUCGGCCCAGAGAUCCAGUUAUAAUCCACAGCUUCUACCCUGUUGAGUAGACUCGUUAUUGGACUUCUGUAUUGGAAUCAAGUCAUGUUUAAAGUAAAGUUUACUUGCAAAUAAAGUUACUAUGCUUCCACAUCCA